GUCGACAAUGGAAAAUUGGAAAUUAAACAAUGACGAACAUUAAAGGCGACAAUGGAGGAAAUGGAGCCAAGCUCCACGUCGCAAUGUUUCCAUGGCUAGCUUUUGGCCAUAUGGUUCCAUACUUGGAGCUCUCCAAGCUCAUUGCUCAAAAGGGUCACACCGUCUCUUUCAUCUCCACUCCUCGUAACAUCGACCGCCUCCUUCCACGGCUGCCGGAAAAUCUUCACUCCGCCAUCAAAUUCGUCAAGCUCCCUCUUUCCGGUGGCGUCGACAAAAAACUCCCGGAGGACGGCGAAGCCACCACCGACGUGCCUUUCGAUCUCAUACCUUACUUAAAAAUCGCCUUCGACGGAUUGCGAAUCCCGGUGACGGAGUUUCUAGAAUCCUCGAAACCCGAUUGGAUCCUACAAGAUUUCGCGGCGUAUUGGCUUCCUCCGAUCUCUCGCCGCCUCGGGAUUAAAACCGGAUUCUUCAGCGCUUUCAACGGCGCGACUCUCGGGAUUCUGAAACCGCCGGGAUUCGAUGAGUACCGUACUUCUCCGGCGGAUUUCAUGACGCCGCCUAAAUGGGUCCCGUUCGAAACUCCGGUGGCUUUUAAGCUGUUCGAGUGCCGGUACAUUUUCAAAGGGUUUAUGGCGGAGACAACGGAAGGCAAUGUCCCCGACGUCCACCGUGUCGCCGGAGUAAUCGACGGUUGUGACGUCAUCGCCGUGAGGAGCUGUUACGAGUACGAAGCUGAGUGGUUGGGACUUAUACAGGAUCUUCACCGGAAACCGGUUAUUCCGGUGGGAGUUUUACCUCCGAAGACGGAAGAGAAGUACGAUGAUACCGACACGUGGCUGUCUAUCAAAGCUUGGUUGGACUCGCGGAAAAGCAAGUCCGUAGUUUACGUAGCUUUCGGUUCAGAAGCUAAACCGAACCAGACGGAGCUAAACGCGAUCGCUUUCGGUUUAGAGCUUUCCGGUUUACCUUUCUUCUGGGUGUUAAAGACUCGACGCGGUCCGUGGGAUACCGAACCGGUCGAGCUUCCUGAAGGAUUCGAAGAGAGGACGAAGGAGAGAGGGAUGGUGUGGAGAGGUUGGGUUGAGCAAUUGAGAACAUUGAGCCACGAUUCGAUCGGUUUGGUUCUAACUCAUCCCGGUUGGGGAACAAUAAUCGAAGCUGUCCGGUUUGCUAAACCGAUGGCGAUGUUGGUUUUUGUAUACGACCAAGGAUUGAACGCGAGAGUAAUUGAGGAGAAGAAAAUCGGGUAUAUGAUCCCUCGGGAUGAGACGGAAGGUUUCUUUACUAAAGAAAGUGUGGCCAAGUCGUUGAGAUUGGUAAUGGAGGAAGAAGAAGGGAAAGUUUAUAGAGAGAAUGUGAAGGAGAUGAAAAGAGUGUUUGGUGACAUGGAUAGGCAAGAUCGUUAUGUCGAUUCUUUCUUAAAUUAUCUCGUUACUAAUCGUUAAACUUUGACAAUUAAUUACCUUGGAAAAUGUUUCCCUAAACCUCGCUGUCUUUGACUGUAGCGUUCGCGUUUGUAAA